AUGAGGCGCAUUAUGUUGGCAGGCAGCUUCACCCUUUUGCUGUCCCUUUUUUUGUGUGCAAAAAAUGGAGGGAGCUUAAAACACCCCCAAGGCGCUCUCCUAUUUGUGCACAACAGCUCUGACCUUUUCCAAAAUGACACCUUCAGUGUGUUGCGAAACAAGACGAAUAUACAGAAUAAAAAAAAAAUUUCGCGCUUCAAAAUACAGUCGUCGGAGGAGAAGCAUAAGGAUGGGGGGUUGCACUACGAUUUAACUCCUGAAAAUGUGGAAAAGGUUUUAAAUUUAAUUCGACCCAAGUUGCAAAUAGAUAACGGCGAUGUCGAAUUGGUAGACAUAAAAAACAACGAUUUGUAUAUUAAAUUGUUGGGGAACUGCGUCACCUGCAGCUCGAACAGUGUCACAGUGUCGCAAGUUAUCAAGAAGACACUAAAAAUGUACAUACGGAAUGAAAACAAUGAAGAGCCAAACGUCAUCAUCACCAAUUUUGACGAAAUAAAUGAGGAAAAUAUAUACAGCUGCUUGAGCGAUCUGAAACCGUACUUUGAUUUUCUGA